AGUUCCACGUGCAGGUGACAAGAGGCCUAGCAUGCGCAGUGGCUGGAAGAGAGGGUGGAGCUUUGUGCCCGAUGAAUGCAGCAUGAAGCUAGGGCGGGCGAUUCUGCUCAAUCCACUUAAGUAAAAAGAUAAAGAAUUUCACUACCAAGUGUGACCUUAGGAGCAGUUUCGUAGGAUGUUCCCUUUAUUCCAAUAUUCCUAACAUUAACAGUUUUACUUUUUUUUUUUUUUUUUUGAGAAUAGACACUAUAUACCUAGGCUAUGAACUCACGAUGUAGCCAAAGAUGCUCUGCCAUUCCUGAUCCUGCGCCUCAAUCUCCCAAGUUCAGAGGUUACAGGCCUGUGCUACCACAGUGCUUUUGGCUGUGCUAGAGGUCCAAAGACCGGCAUGCUUAAUAUUCCCUCAACAGAACUACACCCAAACAUGUGAAGUUUGGUUUUGCUUGCUUGUUGUUUUUAAGUAAGCAUUUAUAGAUUUCUCUUUAAAUUUUGGUUAAGGUGCAUCCUAUACAAUUUGAAUUGCAAUCUUACUUUUGUCUUGUGGUUUGAGUUUUAUUUUGCUGUUUCCCCACCCCAACCCCCACAGGCAUGCUGUCAGUAUAUGACUAUUUAGAGAGUUUCUGCUACUAACGUAAUUUAAUUAGUCUUAGAGAGUAAAAUUUGGAUGAGUUCUGUUUUUAAAACUUGUCAGGGCCUAGUGAUCUACACCUUUAAUAGGACUUGGAAGGAAGAGGCAGGCAGAUUUCUGUGAAUUCCAGGUCAGUUUGGUCUUUAUAGUUAGUUCUAGGCCUGCCAGGGUUUCAUAGUGAGAUGCUGUCUCAAGACAAAAUAAAACACAAACCUUAUCAAGAGUGUCCCCCACUUUGUUGAUCUCCUGAUCUCCUUCACUGGAUGUUCUAUGUGUCAUAUACAACAUGUAUUCUGUUGUGUUUGCUAGGGAUCUGAUCUAGUUCUAGAUUAGGUUUGUCUGUUUGUACACCAUGCCAGCUUAAUUUACUUCUUGAGUGAUGGGGUGAUGGAAGCAUUCCUUAAACAUUUAGAGACUGUCAUAAAACCUUCUUGAGUGUGUUAAUCGGAAUACAUAGGAAAAUAAUAAAGGACCUGACUAUUUCUAGGGUUGAAGUCAUCUUCAGAGGCACUCGGAAGCUGUGUGCCUGCCCCUGGCUGAAGUGCAGUUUGGCCGAGAGCUUUUGUUCCACUUAUGAAUACUUCUUGCUGGAAGUCUAUCACCCAGAGGCCAGGUCUCCCAGUGGCCGGACGACAGCAGAGCGCCAUGACACGGGAGGGGCAGUUCAGGGAGGAGCUGGGCUAUGACCGGAUGCCCACACUCGAGAGGGGUCGGCAGGAUGCAGGACGGCAGGACACAGGCAGCUACACCCCUGACCCUAAGCCCAAGGACCUGCAGCUGUCGAAGAGAUUGCCCCCAUGCUUCAGCUACAAGACAUGGGUAUUCUCCAUGUUAAUGGGGAGCUGCCUUCUUGUGACCUCUGGGUUUUCGCUCUACUUGGGGAAUGUGUUUCCCUCCGAGAUGGAUUAUUUGCGCUGUGCAGCAGGCUCUUGCAUCCCCUCAGCAAUUGUGAGCUUCGCUGUUGGGAGGAGGAAUGUCAGUGCGAUUCCCAACUUUCAGAUAUUGUUUGUUUCCACGUUCGCUGUUACCACUACGUGUUUAAUCUGGUUUGGAUGUAAACUGAUCCUGAAUCCAUCAGCCAUAAACAUUAAUUUCAACCUCAUCCUGCUCCUGCUGUUGGAGCUCCUCAUGGCAGCCACGGUAAUCAUCUCGGCCCGGUCCAGUGAGGAGCCCUGCAAGAAGAAGAAGGCUUCCAUCUCGGACAGCACUAACAUUCUGGAUGAAGUGACGUUUCCAGCUCGGGUCCUGAAGUCCUACUCCGUGGUAGAAGUAAUUGCUGGUGUCUCUGCUGUCCUCGGUGGGGUAAUCGCUCUAAAUGUAGAGGAAGCUGUCUCGGGCCCACAUCUCUCGGUGACAUUCUUUUGGAUUUUAGUGGCCUGUUUUCCAAGUGCCAUUGCCAGCCAUGUGACAGCAGAAUGUCCCAGCAAGUGUCUGGUUGAGGUGUUGAUUGCCAUCAGCAGCCUUACAUCCCCACUGCUGUUCACUGCCUCUGGCUAUCUGUCCUUCAGCGUGAUGAGGAUCGUGGAGAUUUUUAAAGAUUACCCACCAGCCAUCAAAUCCUACGAUGUACUCCUGCUGCUUCUGCUGCUGCUGCUGCUGCUUCAGGGAGGGCUCAACACUGGCACUGCCAUCCAGUGUGUGAGCUUCAAAGUCAGUGCCCGCCUGCAGGCUGCAUCCUGGGAUCCCCAGUCCUGUCCCCAGGAACAGCCAGCAGGAGAGGUGGUCCGAGGUCCCCUCAAGGAGUUUGACAAAGAGAAAGCCUGGAGAGCCGUGGUGGUACAAAUGGCCCAGUGACUGCAGGAUAAAGAAACUGUGCCUGGGCGUCUGCCUGGCCCCCAGCAUGCGCCACUUACGAACUCUAACCAGCACGAGGCUACUGCUUUCUAACAUACUUUCUCCCUCUCGGGAGAGCAGCCCAGGCUGCAAGGUGGCUUUUCGCUUCCUGGAGUAGUUUAACUUUGAAAUAGGCAAGUGUUGAGUGUUGGGCCCUGUUAGGUCUCAGUUGUGUGCAUCUCAGUUGACCCCGACGGCUUGGGUGGUGCUUCUGUCCCAGCCCUCCUCACUUCCUGGCUUGACCCUCAUUCACCAGGAUCUGGUGUUUGGCCUUAGGGCACUUGCGUGCCUUCACACACUUGCCACAGUGCAGGGAUAGUCUGGCUGUGCCACUCACAGCUUGUAUACCACCUCCCCAGACCCCAGAGGACAGCUGGCUUCCCCCAGCUGACCAGAGAACCAAGGGAUUUAUAGUAAGUUGGGUCCUUUGUGAAACUGGGGAUCAUUUUAGGAAUUGCCUUGUGGGAGGGGAGCCUCUGUGCCUAGGCAGACCGUGUGCCUUUACUGAGCUGGGGUAUCAAGGGGUUCCCUUCCAGGGAGGAUAGGGGAAAGAACAGAGAUACAUUUUGUGCCUCAGAAGAGCUGCUGGGGUCAGGGAGCUAGUGAAGAUCCUCUUUGACGUCUCACUUGUAGAUGCACAUGACUCUGCUGGGAAAAGUGUAGUCAUUUUCAAACAGGGAUGCGAGGGAGGCACCUGACAGGGAGCCUGUAAGAGCAAGGCAGCUCAUCUUCAGCGUUGGGGAUUUCCGGUCCUAUCUUCAUCCCCACAGCUCCAGAGAGCUGGGCCUGCCCCAAACAAGUUCCAUGAGAGGUCAUUCUUGCCUGCCUAUGUGCAGAGCCCACUGGGCUUCGGGCCCUCUCCAGCUCUACCACAUGUUAUUGGGUGGGAAGGGAGCUGUGGUCCCACUGCGGGGUGGGGCAAGGCACCUGCGGGAGACUUGAACUUUCGGGACCAGAAUGAGACAGCAAGGAUUGCUGCUGGCUUGCACUUUUUAAUUUUAGAGUUUAAAAAAACAGACUCAUAAAAAUGGGGUCUGAAAAUCGUCCCUUAUAUACUUUUGUCUGUUAUAGAUUAAUAUGCUUGAGCAAUAAACACUAAUGUGCAAAUGUG